ACACAUUUAUAUUUUUCUCUCCGCCUAUACAUACACCCAAAACUGUAUAUCUAUCUCUAUAUUUUCUUGAAUAAACCAUGAAAAAUGCACAUAUUGGGCAAAUUUGGGACCUACCACGCUAACCCAACAUUUUGAUGUAAAUUUUUUCCAAAACUAGACGUGGCUUACGCCAUUAGAAACUAAAUUUCAGUUAGUUGUGAUUCUCACUUCUCUCUUCUGAUUCGUGGGUAUUUAUAUUUGUAGUUUGCUUUAUGUUACUUCAACAAAGAAUCGUGUAGCCUAAAAUCAGAUAUUUCUAGUUUCGGAGCUUGUUCUUCCAUGGGAAAAAAGGGUUUCUUUAAUGGGUUUCAUCAGAAUUUCAAGCAGAGCUUCAAGCUGAAGAUGGUUUCAAUCUUCAAUCUUAUGGUUUAGAUAGUUUCAUAACAGUAGAAAGGUCAAUGCCAACUGGUAUAUGUUUAGCUUGCAUAUGAGAAGAAGCCAGAAGUGAACAAGUGUUUGUUUAUUUUAAGUUUUUCUCUGUUGUUGGAGUUAGAAGAUGGAAAACAUAAGCAUCCAUCUGGGGAAAGAUGAUCAGAACGAUGAAGUUUCGGUGGAAUUCGCAAGUGAAAAUUUAGAAUCAGCUAAUGAAAAUAUUUUGUGCAAAAAAUUUGUAAGAAAAAUAGAGCCAGAGCAUACUCUGUUAUUAAAUGUUAGGAGAUCACGAACUAGUGGAAAUUGCGGUGAAAACUUCCUCCUUCAUAGCGUUCAUGGUUUACAUAGUAAAAUUCCAAUGCAUAUCAUAAGCUUUGAUGAGAAAUACGUUCUUCGUUGCCUUGAAAUGAUACGCACAUACGCAUUGAGGGCAGCAGUACAGAGUUUUUCUUCAAAACUGGAUAUUUUGUCAGAUACCAGCAGAAUUUCAUAUAAAAUGGCUAGGUUAGGCACUCAAUUUCCUUUGGUUGUGGGAACUGAAAACAUUGCCGUAAGCUCUACUAGAGAUUGGAUCAUAAGCAGGGUGACUGGUAGCAAGAGUAUGAUGAACAUCUUGAAGAGCUCAUUACUUCACCAAUUUCGCACUUUGGACAGUGAUGUCAAUUCUGGAAGAAGUAUACUUGAUGCCAGUCGACCAGUUUGUUCAGAUUCUGUGAAUUCUAGCAGUUCAUUGCAUAAGAUACAAAAGGACGUUACUGUUCUUGAUCGUGGAUAUGGAUCUGCACGUGCACAUAAAAGGCACAUAUCCCUAUCAAGCACAAACUCUACUUAUUCUGACCAGACGUCUUCUUCUUUAUCUUCUGCGAUGUAUCAAGGAAUGCUGCAAAUUAUAUGGAAGGAUGGGUUACCACACCUUGUUUUCUCCAUAGAUGACAAGGAAGUCUAUGUAGCCAAUUUGUCCAAGGCUGAGUCACCAGAAGAUAAGAUUUUGGAUUAUGUCUACAUGUUUCAUUCAAGUAAAAAAGGACGCAAAGAAUGUGAUAUUCGUGAACACAAGUUAGAACUCGUCGGGAAGAUGCGAGUUUCUUCUUCAAUCACAUUAUGUUCAAACAACUCGGAAAUACGGGAAACUCAUUAUGUUCUAUUUGGCCUCGAUGGCAAUCCCAUAGGAGAGACACAGGCCUCAAGUAAUGGCCUUGGGAAGAGAUUGACAAGGAAGGUAGUGAAUGCUUUCAGGUCAAAGCAGAGAUCAUCUUCCAAAUUUGAGGGAACAAGUUCAAUCUUUGAAGAUAGUUCUUGUGAACCACCUCAAGGCUUGCAAAAGAGUCUUGAUCCAGAUGAUGGCAGUGCAGAAAAUCAACAUGUUUCAAAUCUUGAGUUGGCAGCCAUUGUUGUGAGAGACCAUUAUUGCAACAGCCGUAAGGAGUCAAAACUUGGAGGAUGGGGGCUAAAAUUUCUAAAAAAUUCUGGAAAUCAUCCAUCUCUAGAGACCUCAAUACCUUCUGAAUUUUGUCCACGAAACAGUGGUGAAUGCUCAACUAGCAUGAACAUUCUCUUGCCAGCAGGUUUUCACGGGGGACCAAGAACCAGAAAUGGAGGUCCUUCAACUCUUAUUGAUAGGUGGAUCUUUGGUGGGGGCUGUGACUGUGGCGGCUGGGAUAUUGGAUGCCCCCUAACAAUACUCAAUGCCACGUCUAGCGACACUGAUGCUUCCUUCCAGUCAGAAAAUUCCGAGGAAUGCAAGUCGUAUAAUUUCUUUAUACAGGGUUCGAAGCGAAACACACCCAUCAUGAAAAUGUUGAACAUCCACGAUGGUUUGCAUUAUAUCCAUUACCAAUCAACUCUAUCGGCACUACAAUCUUUUGCUAUAGCUGCUGCAAUUAUUCAUUCUCAUAGCCCUGCUCUGCGAUCCAAAGUGUACAGCAGUUGAGGGCACAAAGUUCAGGUUUUAGUUUGCACAAAAUACAGCUUUCACACGUGUGAAGUGAUUUACAUAAUUUAUUUACCAUUUGCUAAGAUGCUGAGUCCUGUAUCAUGGUAUCUGCUGCUUCUAAUGCUUAUUUGGCUUCUAUUUUUGAGGUUACUUGGCCUAGUUGUGUAACUAACAUAUCUGCAUUACUUAAUCCAACAUACAGAUUUCCUCU